GAGGCGCACACUCCACAGCGCCCUCCUGGCGUCGCCGCCCCAGCGGACCCGCCAACCCGCGCGCCGGCCGGGCGUCCCCGGUGCUUGCCCGCCAGCCCUACCGACAGGAAUCCCGACCCCGCCCCGACCCCGCCCGCCCGCCCUCCAGACCCUGGCCGCCCCGAGUGGAGACCGGAGGUGAGCGCUGGAAGCCGACAAAAUGAUGCUUCAACACCCAGGCCAGGUCUCUGCUUCGGAAGUCAGUGCCUCUGCCAUCGUCCCCUGCCUGUCCCCUCCUGGGUCACUGGUGUUUGAGGAUUUUGCUAACCUGACACCCUUUGUCAAGGAAGAGCUGAGGUUCGCCAUCCAGAACAAGCACCUCUGCCACCGGAUGUCCUCUGCACUAGAGUCAGUCACUGUCAGCAGCAGACCUCUUGAGAUGUCAGUCACCAAAGCCCAGGUAGCCCCUGAAGAAGACGAAAGGAAAAAAAGGCGACGGGAAAGAAAUAAGAUUGCAGCUGCCAAGUGCCGAAAUAAGAAGAAGGAGAAGACAGAGUGUCUGCAAAAAGAGUCGGAGAAGCUGGAGAGUGUGAAUGCUGAACUGAAGGCCCAAAUUGAGGAGCUCAAGCAUGAGAAGCAGCAUCUGAUAUACAUGCUGAAUCUUCAUCGGCCCACGUGUAUUGUCCGGGCUCAGAACGGGAGGACUCCAGAAGAUGAGAGAAACCUUUUUAUCCAACAGAUAAAAGAAGGAACAUUGCAGAGCUAAGCAGCUGUGAUUCUGGGGGCAAUUGGGGAGUCCUCAUCGAAUCAUCCUUCUACAUCCAAAACCCUGCAGCUUUGGAGAUCUGACUUCCUGUGCACCUCUCGAAUCCCAGCAGCAAAGAACCAUGGAGGUGGGAGGGCUCGGUGACUCAGGUGGGCCUCUCCACGCUGCCCCACAGUGGACUUCGGACCAGAACAAGGGCAUUUUUUGCCUCAACUCCAGGGUUUAGGCCUUUACAUACCGCCCAUUCUUGGAUUGUCCUGAUGGCCCCUGGUUUAGGGUCCUGCCUGCCUUCGUCUGGAUUCUACAAAAACCAGGACUCCCACCAUUAGGAUUCAUGCAAAAGAAGUGCCUGUACCUUGGGUGGGUGGGGUGGGGCCACCUGUUCCGCUGCCACUGCCGUGGUCACUGGUAGGGGACGUGGAGUGACAAUGGCAUUUAGCAACGUUGUGCAAUGGCCAGGGUUGUGCUUCUAGCAACUAUGCUGUUAUUACAGGACACACUGUGUGCAAGGCGUUUGUUUCAUAACUAGGCGUUGUGCUCUCCUGAUGUUUGUUCCAACAACACUGGUGUGAUUUUGCUACGACUUUUCCUCAGAUCUGUUUCUGAGAGUUUGCGAGGGCUAUCACCACAUGUAGUGUCUUACAAAAUGUUUCCCGGAGCUUGUCAGCUUCAGGAAAACAGAAUUCUGACGGCCAGCAAUGCAGUUUUGUGCCAACAGAGAAGGCCUCCUUUCCCUUGGCACCCGGGCGUUAACGCAAAAUUCAAGGGCACCGCUGCAGGUCCUCUGUUGCAAACUCAGUUAUCAUGUCACAGGAAGAAAGCAGACAGUCCACCUACCAAAGGUUAGGACUCUCCGCUCAGUGACAGGUCCGGCGUUAUUUCUAGGUGGGAAGAGCCAAAGAAUAUUUCAUUUUCCUUGACUUGCAGGUGAAAACCACAUUCAGUGGAGACAGGUUUGAGGCAAGGUGAGGCCUAGGCUUUAGCAUUAUUGGAUGUCAAUGGCAUUGUUUUUGUCAUGCAGAUGUUUGUAGAAAUCUGGCCUAGAGCAUGUGCAGCUGUGAGAGGUCCUUCGCACUGGCCACGAGGACGCUGGCUACUACUGUCUGUUUAAAUUCUGAUGUUUCUGUGAAAUCCUCAGAGUGUUUCAACUUACUCGAUAGUAUCAUUACAAUUUUCUGUAAGAGAAAAAUAUUACUUAUUUAUCCUAGUAUUCCUAACCUGUCCAUAUAAUAAAUAUUGGAACCAAGAUAUGGUAAACGUUAA